AUUAAAAAUAUCUAAGCGCGUCUGCUAUUCGAACCACGCUACUCUGUCAUUCUGUGUUCAAGCAAAGUUAGCCAGAAAGCAAGUUCCAAAGGAUUUCGUUUGUGUUAAUUAAAUUAAUGAAAUAUCUUUCAUAUAACUUUUUACUGCUCAAUGUGUUUAAAAGGUAUAGCUAACAAACAACUAAAAUUAUUCUCUUCCCAUCACAAUUGGUUGCGGAAAGACAUUGCAUUCAACGGAAGCUACCAACUUGGUUUGACUAGUCCAGCAGUCCAUUUCAACUGGUACGCUGUUUAACAAUCAAGGUGUUGUCUGGCUUAUAAUUAGCCUUACUCAUCAUUCGUAUUUUACUUUGGCUGUUUAUAGUGUUAGCAUCCAGUUCGAGUGUUCCACGGUGAGUCAUUGUAACUGGAACAGCUUCACCAAUCACCAUUAAGCUACCUGUUGCCACUGCCAAGGUACUGAAUUAUCUGUUCACGAGGUUUUCUCUGUUCAUAGUAGUGCCACAGAAGUAGCAAUGUCAGCUAAGCGUAAGACAAAGUUUUUUGUCGGGCGUAGACAAAGAGCUCGUAGGAUCAGGGAAAAUAUUGAUGAACAAAUUGCAAUGUAUGAUAACAGGGAAAAUAUUCCCGAUCAAUUGAACGUAACGUCUGAUGAAGACGAGGGAAGUAUUUCUGAUCCUGAAUUGAAUGUAACAUCCGUUGAAGAUGGGGGAAAUACUUUACCAAUUGAUUCCGUUAAUUUCAUGGGAACGGUCCGUGAUAAUCAUGACGUGGCGAGAGGGGAAAAUUUUGACGAUCUAUCAAUUAGAUCACAUUCUAGUGACGAAGAUGUUCUUGGUAAUGUGUCUACGGUGGAUAACGACAGCAUUUGGGAUCUCGAUCCAGAUGAGGAAGCUAGCGAGGAACUACAUAACUUAGAUACUGAUGAUCGGGAAGAUGUAAAUGAUUGGAAUUUGGACCUUGAAUGUUUUGAUGAGAAAUUAAGUGUGAUAGAACGGCAGCAAAUUUUUAGAAAAAGGAUUGCUCAUUGGGCUGUGGAGUCCAAUAUUUCCAGAGAUAGUGUUAAUAAGCUUUUGGCUGUCUUUCGUACCGACCCAAAUCUGUCUUUUCUCCCCAAGACCUACAAAACACUUUUAGGUACACCACGUAAAGUUAACACAAUUGAAGUUAGUCCAGGGCGGUAUUUUGAAUUUAAUCUACUUGGUGGUAUAAUAGCCUCUUUAGACAAAUUAAUUGCUUCUGUUCAAUCAUACGAAGCUGGCGUUAAACUUUUUGUUGGAUGUGAUGGAAUGCCGGCCAGUAAAAGCACCAAUAGCCAAUUUUGGCCAAUUCUUGGCCUCCUAAAAUUGGAAGGUGCUCAGCCGUUUGAAAUUGGCUUUUAUCAUGGUCAAUCGAAGCCUGAUCAUGCUAAUAGUUAUCUUAACCAUUUUCACACUGAGAUUGCUUACUUAAUUGAAAAUGGUUUCGAUUACAAGGGCCAUCACGUAAAAAUUGAGAUUGGUGGAUUCUGUUGUGAUGCGCCCGCUCUUAGUUUCAUCAAAUGUGUAAAGCCAUGUGGGUCGUACAAUUGCUGCAUGAAAUGUGAAACUGAAGGAGAAUAUGUCUAUAACGAUUGUGGAAGAGGUGGGAGGGUAACUUACCCAGAAGUAGAUGCGUUACUUAGAACAGACGAGUCCUAUCGGAAUCGUGAACAGAGCUUGCAUCAUGUGGGACUAUCCAUUUUAGAAAAUUUGGCAAUUGAUAUGAUUGAAGCUUUUUUUCUUGAUCCGAUGCAUCUUGUUUAUUUAGGAUGUAUGAAAAAACUUCUUCAUAUAUGGGUAAAUGAGAGAAGAAGCAUGAAAAUCAAAAUGUCUUCCAACCUCAUUAACGAAAUAUCUCGCUUGCUAGUUUCUAUCGAAGAACUAAUUCCAGUAGAAUUCUGUAGGAAAACCAGAACAUUAGACGAACUGUCGCGUUUCAAGGCAACGGAAUUCCGGUUACUGUUGUUAUAUGUAUUACCUCUAAUCUUAAAAAACAGGCUCCCAGAUGUAGUGUAUAAUCAUUUCUUACUACUUCAUGUUGCCAUUCGCAUUUUGUCUUGUGAAAGCAGUGUGCAAAGUGAAGAAAACAUCGAGUACGCUAAUGUUCUUUUGGUUAAUUUUAUAAAUCAGAGUCCAGCAAUUUAUGGGGACAAAUUCAUUACUUAUAAUGUUCAUAAUCUUUGUCAUUUGUCGGAGGAAUGUCGCCGAUUGGGCGCUCUUGAAAAUUUCAGUUGUUUUCUUUUCGAAAAUCACCUGGGUAAACUUAAGAAUUUGGUGAAAAAAAGUGCCAAGCCUUUGGAACAGCUUGUGAAUCGGAUAAUGGAAGCACGCAAUAAUCCCUCUGUUGAACGUACUCUACUACGGAAUCCUGAUUUAAUUAAGCUCAUUGAUGAGCACUUCAAAGGUCCGAUGCUUCCAAGGUUGCAUGGGAUGCAAUACGAGAAAGCAUAUUUUCAUAAAUUAAGACUAAGCACAAGAAGCCCCAAUAAUUGCGUCGUCAUACAAGAUGACACCGUUGUCUUGAUUAAAAAUUUCGUGAAACUAACAAAUGGGGAAACUGUGAUUCUCGGAAACAAAUUCUUGGUGUACGAAAAUUUUCUCGAUUUCAACGGGUUGGAUUCAAAAACCGUUGGAACACAAAUUGUUGACACAUUGUCAACAGAUCUUGAGUUUUGGCCACUAAAUUCAAUUUGUUUUAAAGCUAUUAAACUUCCGAUCAUUCAUAAAGCUCCUCCCACUUCAAGUUUUGGCAUUGUAAGACUGAUGAAUUUUGAUGUAAACAUUCAGUAAUUCAUCGAAUCAGGUUGAGCAGUUCUAUUUACAUCCUAACAUGAUGUAGUGUUUGCUGCUGUUGCCUAUUAUAUCAACCAUCGCUUGGGGGAUGCGCGGAAGAAUUCCAGCUGUUAUUUCACAUCACAUUUUGUUAAAAAAUUUUCUUCUGUGUUUUCAAUACAGUAAUAAUUAAAACAUA